AUGGCCAACGCAGCAAACACAGGAAACUCUUCCACAUCUGCUGAUUCUGGUGCGGCCUCGUUCAUGGCAGAUUUAAUGGAGAAAUUUGGCGGCCCAGAAGAAGCAAUGAAGGCCUUCGCCAUGUUUACGGCGAUGAUGGGGCAGACUAGGACACCCGCUGCAACAACCUCCGUACCACCGCCCGUCCUUCUUGAAGUUUCAGCGACUCCAGGUGACAUUAUACCUGCGAUUACAGAAUCGACCACCGCUGCAGUUGAGCAAGACGCCUUGAAUGAUGAAGGAGCAAGGGGUGAGGCAGAUCUGACGGCUGGGUUGGAACAGUUGACGGUCGAUGACCAGAGGUUAGCAUCUGUGUUUGAGGGGGAAACCCCUGUUAUUUCUGUUGGAGUUUCUGCAGGGGAAACCCCUGCUGGCGUGGAGGUUGAUGAGGGGGAAGCCUCGGGUAUUUCUGAUGCUACUGUUGGUACGGGGGAAACCCCUAAUUUGUCUGUUACUGGUACUAAAGAGGGGGCAACCCCUAGUGUUGAUGUAGAGGGGGAAACCCCAGUUGGAGAGUUGGAGGGGGCGACCCCUGGUAUUCUUGAAGAGUUUGCUGGGGAAGAAACCCUAGAAAGUGUCGAGGGCGGCGAUGCCCUAACCUCAACUGAGGACGUUGCUGAGGGGAGCACCCCUGUGAAAACUGUGGGCCGCGAAGCCCAGGAGAAACAUGGACCGGUUGGGGUGGAAACCCAUAUUUAUAUCGAGGGGACAACCCCCAAUUUUUCUGGGGAUGCAGAAACCCCCUUUACUGAAAACAUACUGGAGCCCGUUGAGGAUGGGGCAAAUUUGAUUGUGGAUUUGACCAAUGUCCCGGAGGAGACAGUUUCACCGGUAAAUACCAGAGAAGCCCGAAGACAAGCUCGACGGAGCUUAUUAGAUGAAAUUGAUGACUCUGUCCAGCAGACGGAACAAGGAGCGCUGGGUCCAGAGACGGCAACAGCAGAGCAGGACAACUCUCCUAGACCCAGUGAUGGAGAGAGUGACAAGGAGGCACGCCGCCAAGCGGUUGAGAGAAAAAGGAAGGGAAAGCAGACCGCUCCUUCCUUGACCAAGAAACUAAAGGGAAAAUCUGUUGAAGCCUCUCUUCCUCCACCCGCUAAGGUCCCUUAUGCUGCUAAGUCCGACAGCCCUACUCGACCUAGCGAAUCUGAAGAGGAACCUGAGGAGGAGCUCAAUUUCAAACCCACUGAAAUCUGGUUGACCAAGGAGUUGCUUGAUGCAAUGAAAUCUGGUCAACGAAAGUGA